CAGGAAAACCUACUCUCUCUCUCUCUCUCUAUCUCUCUCUAUCUGUAUCUCUGUCACCGAAAAUAUGCAGCGGCAAUCGCUGGGGUCGCCGACGUCGUUGAAGCUCGUGAAGCAUGAGCACCUCGGUACUCCUGAUCCUUCAUCGUCGACGGCGUCAAUUUCUGCGUCUGGCUCGUCGUUGUACGGACACAAGGAUUGCAGGACGGAGGCAGAUGAGGCGUUGAAGAAGCUUCAGAGGCCGAAGCCUAAAUCUAAUCAGCCGGAAACCUACAUUCAUCUCAUACCUAUGCUUACUCUCCUCUGCUUUCUCAUUCUCUACCUUUCCUCUCACGAUCCUUCUGCGAUUGAUUUGGCUGAGUUCAACGGCUUCAAGCCUCGCUCCGACCUCCAAAGUUUGAAGGAGAAUAUUUCUAAAUUGCAACGCAUUGUCGACCUCAAAAAGGAGGAUAUGUUGGCUAUACGAAGUUUGAAGAACUUAGAGCAUACGCCGGCCCGGCGCCACCGGAAAAUGGCACGUGUUUAGGCUGCGCUCGCUCUUCAUUUUUCCUCACAUGUACGUUUCUCACUACAUCUUCCUUCGUAUAUAAAUUGAUUUCUAUGCAAAAAUCUAAUAUCUCCAUCAUACCACCAUAUAUUCGUUAUCACUUUUUCUUUCUUUUUUUCCAUAAAUUUUUCUGUCGGUGGAAAAUGACUCUCAUAACAAUAAUUAACAUCAAUAAUAACCAAUAAUAUUUUUUAAAAAACGCGUAUAGUAUUUCAUUUUUACUUAAAAUUAUUUAUCUAUGUUACAAAUAUUGUUGUAAAUUUUUUCUCUGGACCUCUGUUUCUGAUUUGUAAAUAAUAUCAUUAGGCAGUGUUCGAGUGUUGGCAGUGUUCGUGUUAAAUAUCUGUGAUAUAAAAUUGUUAUAUUUUGGGAAAUAUAUAUGAAUGAGUCAAUAAAAUGUGAUAAAAAAAAUUUAUAGGUUGAAUCGACAUUUCUGUAAAUAAAUGUAAUAUUAAAAAGUAUAAGUUAAAAUAUAAAUAAAUUAUUUGAUAUACAUGAAAAUUUAUAUUUGUAAAUAAAUAGUUUGUGAUAUUAAUUGUACACUAUUCUAUAUGUGAUUAUUAUACACUGGGGUUGUGUGAUAUUA